GACCGAAUGAAAUCAAAUUAAAACGUCAAAAUAAGUUUGAGGUUAUUUAUUGUGCAGUAGGAAAUGUGUUAAUAUUUUCAAUUUCACGAAAAUGGAUAUCGUAAAUGAAAUACUGCAAAAAGAACACAAGAAGUCUGAGAAGUAUAAACCUAUAACAGUAGAGAAGCAUUUGGAUGUCGAACUUGAUUUGGGCACACUACUCGCAUCAGAUACCAACGAUUUGGACGUAAAAUUACUGCAGUCUAAGAAAGACUCAUAUUUAGAGUCGUUAACUCGUGACAACACACAGUUACUGCUGAACAAAAUAUGGGAGCUCCCUACCGAGCGAGUUGACGAAGCUAUCGUGGUCCGCCUGCCUGAGCCCAAGACUGUGCUCCCACGAGCUAAGCCUUGCCCCAAGCCGAAGCCACUGACUAAAUGGCAAGAAUUCGCCAAAGCUAAGGGCAUCACUAAGAAGAAGAAGGAUAAACUGCAAUGGGAUGAACAGCUACAGAAAUGGGUGCCAUUAUAUGGUUUCAAGAAGGCAGCUGCAGAGAAAGAGAAGAAUUGGCUGAUAGAAGUACCACAGAACCUGGACCCCAUGACUGACAUGUUUGAGAAGAAAGCCAGUGAGAAGUCAGAGAAAGUUGCCAAGAACGAGUUGCAGAGACUCAAGAAUAUUGCUAGAGCCCGGAAGGUCAAGAUACCUCGAGUUGGCUUGCCUGUCACGUCUGAUAAAGCUUCGGCUAACCAGUUAGACACUGCAGCAACCAUAGCCAAGGCAUCCACAGCAUCGCUCGGCAAGUUCCAAGACAAACUGCCCAAAGAGAAGGAAGCCAGAGGCAAAGGCAUUCAUGAACUUAUUCCAGGCAAAGACAGGAAGCGCAAACUGCCUAUACCAACCCCAGCACAAGAGAGGGAGAAUAAUUUAAAUAUGCUUGAUAACAUUUUGAAUAAGAGACCUAAAAUUGAUAUGGAGAAAGCUGUAGCUAAGCACAUACAUGAAGAACAAGUACACCGAUCAGAAGAAAAGAAAACCAUGAAACCAGCCAAGGGCAAGCGUAACUUCAAGGCCAAGACCAAGGGAAACAAUGCCACUAACUUCACAGCCAAGAAACCUAAGGCUGGCAAAGGACAGAGGAAUCCUAGUAAAAAGGCUGGCGGUAGGAAGAGAAGAUAAACAUUGUGAUACUUGAAAACUGACUUUAUAAUAGUUUAAGGGUGUUUCCACAUUUAUCGACGCGG